GUUUUAAGUGAAGUGUUACCAUAUAUUGUUUUGAUAUCUUUAACUUACCAGUCUGUUUCACUGUUAGAAUGUUAUAUAAUGGUAAAUAAAAGAAAUACUCUGAAUCAUUUGUGUUUUACCAGUAUAUUAGCCUAUAUUUGUUGAGUUGGUUUGGAAGGAGUCAGGUUUCUUCGUUAAAUUGACUCUGUUUCAUUCAUCCAUAAUGACCGGCACUGUCACUCUCCUCUGUUUACCCACGCCAUGUUAUGAAAAGCUAAUCUGCUGUAGUAAACUGCCACUACAGGCAGUGAUUAAUGCUGGGCCCCUAGUGAGAUGAGUUCUGUGUGGCAAUCAUCAGAAUUGUCCAAUUCCCAGAGUGAAUACCCUAGAACACUCAAUCAGUCUGAUGUAUGUGAAAAAUAAGUCUGCUUGGCACGUCGGUUUCUCCGAACAUAAAUCUUGUGGUUCUAUAUUGGUUUAAAAAUGUUGUUGUUGAUGAUCAUGAUCAGGGAAUACAGUAUUUACUAAUCUUAACAAAAAACUAAUGAUGAUACUGAAGAAUGCUACUAUUGUAUAACGAUUGAUUUUUUUUUCUCUGUUGAACCUCAUGCCUAAUUUUAUAAACAAAAACAAAUGCUGGCCAUGUAAUACUUUUAAUUGUUAUUUGUGCCCCCACGCCAUGAAAAAUUUGCUGCCAAUAGCUAACAAAAUUAUUUGGAGGUAAAAAAAAAAAUGACCAGCAGUUUCAGUGCUCCUUUAUUCUAGUAGCUGAAGGAAGGGACCCAUAACGAUAUGAAUAUUCAUAAUUGAAUGUUUAUUGUAUAAUUCAUUUAUUUCCAUGAUUUUAGAGAACAGCCUGACAAAGAACAGCAUGAGUAGCAGAGUGGUGCAGUGGGAAUGAUGUAGGAUUCUAAUUCAGCAAGUGUCAAACUCCUCGGAGGGUGGUGUUGCUUACAGGGGCAGGACUUUGUGCCUCUGAUCAGAAGGUCCCCAGUUAAACCCUUGAAAAAGGCCCUGAACCCCUGAUUGCUCCAGGGACACCAGCUGACCCUUCAGUCAGACACCAAGCUUCUCUCUCUUGUAUGUUUAAAAGCAGAGCGACAUGGGCUUUAUGAAAAGCAACAUUCCCUGUUCCUGCCCUCACACUUGUACAAAUGUGUCUGAGAUAAACUGAGACUUGGGCAAUGUAAUAAUAAAUAAAUAAUAUACUGCAAGCCUUCUACAUUCCUCUUUUUGGACGUCGCACUGUUGAUGCAGCUUAAGGGUACAGCAUCUCCAUAUCUCUAAAUCUGUCACGUCAAUGGUACCUGCUGUAAUACAUUUCUGUCAUAUAUAUAUAAAAAGACUAAGAAACACUUUAUUGAUCCCAUGGAAAUUCUGGUCAAUAGGACCACCAGAAAUCUUUUGAUUUCUUUGUGUCAUUAGGUCAAAAAAAUGUGUAUUUGUCAUUUAAUGAGCGAUGAAAGUCAUGUAACACCCAGUUCCCUAUGUAAUAUGGGAAAUCUUCCAGGAUCUUAUCUGGUUCUUGAGCCAAUCUGAUGUAGAGAGGCUAAUCUGGCUUUCCUAACAUUUCUAUACCAGUGGAGGUGUCCAAAACUCUAUCGUUUAUGAGGAUGUGGCUCCACCUGGGAUUCAGUGUUUCAUACAUGGCCUUGUAGCCAUUUCCAGAACAAUAGGCAUCAACAGCAUUUUUCUAUAAGAUCUUCAGGACAUUUUUUGAUUGUGGUCUGUUGUGUCUGUGGAACCCUUAUAGCAACAACUAAAUUCUGAUGGGAAUGGUCAAGGAUGGACAGAUUCAAAAUGAGCAGGCUGGGUCUGUUGAUAUUAAUAAACAUUUAUCUCCAGAUCAUUGUUAACCUUAUUGUUAACUCGAAUUCUGAAUAUUUUAGUUAUGUCAGUUAUGGAAGCAGCAGCUCUUACACACCUUAAAACUACGUUUGAUUACAUUGAACAACCAACGAAGGAAAAAAAGCAGCCAACUCUGAGAUUGGAUGUUUCCGUUCUGUAUUAUAAUAUGACCCCCAAAAAGGGAUCUGACUGAAUACAAUGUGAAAAAUUCCCAGAAAUACUAAAUAUUCUGUAAUUUCAUUCCAGGCUUCAUGGAAGAUAAUUUACAAUGAAAGGGGGAGAAAACUAACCUUAGUCCCUAAUCGAACAGUGCCGGUUAUGUAAAGUUGUGAUUUCUCAUCAAACUGGUGAGUAAAAUAUGUCAUAAAAUCCUUCUGGUCUCUAAUAUAUGUUGCUUGUUCUUAAUAGAGGCAGUCCCCAGGUUACAAGCAAGAUCUGUUUCUAAGUCUGCCUUUCAGUUGAAUUUCUAGACUGGGACAACAUGGUAGAGGAAGUCAUUUUCUGUUGGGGGCUGUGGACCAUCCUCAUCCAGGUGGGGUUGGGGACAUCUGCAGCUGAACUUCCAUGGUCUUGUCCUAAGAUAUGUGACUGCCGCCAAGAAAAGCUGCAAGUGAACUGUUCUAAUAAGCAUCUGACCAGCAUUCCCAGUGGCUUCCCUGUAUAUUCUCAGAGCUUGAACUUGUCACACAACAACCUGAGAAUACUGGGCCCCCGGCAGCUCUCAAAUCUUACUCAGUUAUUGGAGCUUGACCUAAGCUAUAACAAUAUCUCCAUGAUCGACGUGGAAGCUUUUCAAGGGCUUCAGAACUUGCGCAUCCUUUGUCUUAAGCACAACCUGCUAAAGAUUAUCCCUGUUGGAGUGUUCACUGGACUAACCAGUCUAUACUUGCUAGAUGUAAGUGACAAUGAGAUUCUUGUCUUCCUGGAUGACUCGUUUCGUGAGCUGGUCAACUUGCAUGUGCUUGAAAUAGGGGUAAAUGACCUGGUCUUCAUUUCUCACCGAGCCUUUGCAGGUAUCCAAAACCUCCAGGACCUCAAUGUGGGCCGCUGUAAUUUGACCUCCAUUCCCACAGAGGCACUGUCCCAACUCCUGAGUCUCACUCGUCUCAGGUUUCACCGACUCAGCAUUAGCAUGUUGCCCAGUAACUCUUUUCGCCAACUGAAUAGGCUACGCAGCCUUGAAAUCUCCAACUGGCCAGUACUGGAUACACUGGCUAGUAGCAGCUUGAUUGGCCUCAAUCUUACCUCUCUCACCAUCAGCAAAUGCAACCUUACUGUCGUCCCGUACACAGCACUCCACCACCUGGCCUACCUCAGAUACUUGGACCUGUCAUAUAACCCCAUAACCACAGUGCAUAGGAACCUGCUCAGUGACCUGCUUCGUCUGCAGGAGUUCCACCUGGCUGGGGGACACCUACUACAGAUUGAGCUAGGAGCCUUUAAAGGACUAGUCCGCUUUAAUCUUCUCAAUGUGUCAUCAAAUCGGCUCUCCACACUUGAGGAAGGCGUCUUUCACUCAACAGGGAAUUUGAGGAUCCUGAGACUCGAUGGCAAUCCUUUGGCAUGUGACUGCCGUUUGUUAUGGGUCAUGCGCUGGCGUCAGCACCUGGAUUUUGAUGGCCAUCAACCCUCCUGCUCUUCACCAGGAAUAGCCCAGGAGAGAGAGCUGCGUGAUUUCCGUGACACUGAGGUGACGCGCUUCUUCACCUGCAGGAAGUCACGCAUUAUUGAUCUCAGACCUCAGGAAAUUAAAGUGAAAGAGGGAAACAGUGUGACUAUUCACUGCAAGGCGGAUGGUGAUCCCCCACCCUCCAUCUUUUGGAUGACCAGUAAACGUACACCCCUGUUAUCAAAAGGAAGAAUCCGCGUUUUGACUAAUGGCACUCUAGAGGUUCAGUUUGCUCAGGUUCAGGACGGUGGUGCUUUUCUAUGUGUUGCAAGCAACGCUGCUGGGAAUGACAGCGUCUUCAUCACCUUGCGUGUGCUGGGCGAUCGCUUCUUCCACAAUUACUCCGAAGAGGGCUGGAGGUUUGCUAACGGCACGUCUGCUCAAGUUCAGAAUCGCUUGCCGUUCGAUGCCAAGACCUUAGUCAUUGCCAUGACUAUGGGCUUCUUGUCAUUUCUCAGCUCGGUCGCCAUCUGCUUCCUCUUCAUAUUCUUCUGGAGCCGGGGAAAAGGUCAGAUAAAACGCAAUUCUGAAAUCGAGUUUGUGCCUCAGAGAGCCAUGGGUGGUGGGGGCGGCGGAGAUUCACGGCUCACAAUGAAGCUCAUUUGAGGGGGGUCCAGGCAGACUGGGAAACCAAGAGCUGCCAGUAACUUUAAAUAAAUACCACAAGAAAAAGGACUAUGAACUUUUAACUGAAUGUAGGGCCCCUGUCCUGGACAAGCAGAGUGCUUAUGAAUAUAUAUUAUCAGAUUAUGCUAUUAUGCUAAGAAUUCUAACUGCUAAUUAUUCUGGCUCAGAAUAUAUUAUAUUUGUGCAUAAUAUUUGCUCAGUACUUAUGAGCACAAAGACUGGAAAUAUUUUGACUAUAACACAGGCAGAAAUCACUGAUUUAUUGGUUUAUUGGGGCUUAGGCUGGGAUUUGAAAUAUUUCCUUCCACAGUCCAAAGACAUGGAUUUAGGCUAAAUGGCGUGUGAGUGAAUGUGCUCUGCAAUGGACGGGCAUGCUGGUCUUGGUGUACCUUUUUGCCCUCUGCUACCUGCGAGACACUCCAGUUGCACCACAACUUUGUGUUGGACAGUAAGUUGGAUGAUGGAUGGAUGGAUAGAUGUUAUUACUACUGUAGCAGAAAAAUAAUUUUAAUUGCAUGCUUUAAGUCAUGUACAUCAUGAUCAGUGAUGAAUAAACUGGAGAUAAGUAUUUAUUAACAUCAAUAGAAAACUCAGUAAGAAUAUUCAUAUUAAAUACAAUUAAAAAAAUAGGUAAUACUUCACUUGAGGGGCAGAAGUAACUUAGUAACUCAGUUACUACUCAAAUACAAAUCAUGAACAUAGUAACCGUGAAAUGCAAGAAACUAUGAAUUAAUGAUAAAUGAACAUGGGAUCGGUAUGUAACUAAAUUAACUUCUGGUUAAUUAAUACAUUAAGUAAGAGUGUACUACUACAGUAUUUGUACCCCCUCAAGGAAAGUGUUACCAAAAUUUUAAAUGCUAUCAAACCAAACUGUCAAAUGUCAAUGACUGUUUUCAGAAUUAUAAAUAACAUUUAUCUACCAUGUCUUUCAUAAGCAGAUGCUUAAAAUAUUCUUAAGGAUAAAUUUAUGUUAUGUGUGCCCUGCAAUGGACUACAAUCCUUUCCAGGGUCUCCCCUACCUUGCUGCCCGUGCUUCCUGCAAUAGGAUUCAAGUUCAGAGUGACCCUGUACUGGACAAGCAGUUGAUGGAUGGAUGAUAUUAUAUUAUGAAUAUUUAUGUCUUCCUGCAAUCUCUGUGUUCUGAUGAACAAGGAACUCGUCUGCUUACUAUCUCUCUGGAGAAAUAUUUUUGCAUUCGAAUUAUUAUUCGGUUUUAAGCUGUAUGUAUAUUUUAAUUAAAUUUUCAAUGUGUGUGUAUGAAUGGCUGUCUGGGGAAAUAGCGCGCCAUUGCACUCUUGUGCUUGUACACUAAUAAUGCUGUACGGCACCAGUGGCGUAUUACGGAAUGCUGUUCCAUUCCCUCCGUCACCUCAGUACUUGAAUUAUGUCGGCAGUUUGACGUGUUUCGCGAAUGUUUUCAUAAUUUUGAAAUGUUUUGACGGUAGGCUGCAGUCCUGCUAAAUGACGGAACAAAAUCUAUGCAAAAGACUCCAAUCAACGUUUCUUACGUCUGCACCGCACUGUAUUAGGCUACUUUAUUGUGAUCUCUGUGUAGCUUACUGUGACAUUAAUAAACAACGUACUGAUA